UCGCCAGGAGGCCACCGAGACCCGCAGCGGCCGCCCGCCGCCGACAUGGACCUCGGCGACAGGGUCUACGCCGCCGAGCGGAUAACCAAGAAGAGAGAGAAGCGGGGCAAGGUGGAGUACUUCGUCAAAUGGAAGGGUUGGAGCAAAAAAUACAACACGUGGGAGCCCGAAGAGAACAUUUUGGACGUGAGGUUGAUCGAGCUGUACGAGGAGAGCCAGAAGGGAGGAGAUGUGUCGACGAGGAGGCCAAGGCGAAGGGACACUCGAUACAGUGAACAGGUCCUAGCAAAUCUGGUUGUCGAGGAGGAGCCAGGCGGCGACGAGAGGGUCGGGGAGGACAGCCAGGACGAGUCGACGACGGGCAGCACGUCCGCGCCUAGGCUUAACCCCGCCGCCCAGGACGAGGACACCCUUCCCAGUUCCUUGGACGGACACGAGUCCCCCACCCCGCCGGACCUCUCCGCGUCGGCAUUCAGCGUCGACUCGGACAGCUCCAACAGCAGCGUGGACAUUCCGCUACCGGCCAGAAGAGAGCCCGCCGGCACCAAGCGGAAGGCCGAGGUCCUCAGCAAGGAGUCCGGGAAAAUCGGCGUGACCAUCACCACGAGCAGUCCCAGCAGCGGAAGCGGAAGUCCGCCCCCGAACAAGAUGCCUCGACUGCUGCCCCUCAAAGGGAACCCCACGUCUCCUUCCUACCACAGUCACAAGGUAAACGGAAGGAGACCUUCGUCAUCGAGCGUCAAGUCGACGCCGGAAGAGCCGCUGCCGGCGGUGCCGACCACGCUGGCCCCCGCGGUCCAGGACAAGAAGAGACCGGAAGCCGACGUUCCUCACGGCCCUCCACCCUCGCUGCCGAGGGCACCCCCGGCCCCGCUGUCUCCUCGCAUCGACACGCCUCUGGAGCAGCCGACGAAGAAGAGGCACUUGUCCGAGCACAAGCCGGAGAAGGCGACGAACGGCAGCGUCACGACCGACUCGAACGGCCACGAGUCUCCCAGCCCCACGGACUCCUACACGAACAACAACAGGUUAGCCACCAUCGUCAAUGGCCACCACAACGUUAACAACAACAACAAUAACAACAACAACAACAACAAUAAUAAUAACGGGCCGGCGAACCCGGAGCAGACGGAGCUCGCGAAGGCGAAGACUUACGUCCCGCUGAGCAGCCCGGGGACCGACUAUUGGCACGCGAGGAAUCCAGUCGCUGACCAGGUCUUCAUCACCGACGUCACCGUCAAUCUGAAGACCGUUACCAUCAGGGAGUGCAAGACUGAGAAGGGAUUCUUCCGGGAGAGGGAUCCCAAGAGCGAUAUCUAUUGAAGCCUGGCCUCGGACUCGAUUCUCGAUCGGGACGAUGCGCCACUCCUGUCGAAUACCUUGUACAUAUAAAUUAUUUUCACACUCGAACCACGCGUUAAGUUCGGAGAGAGAGGGUGCCAGGGGAGGAUAGGCAAGGCCUAGUACGUUACCAAAAAUCCAGGUCCACCAUGGCCUUCGCGUUUCUGCCGGGAAACCGACCACCAGGGUGAGGGAUGGAUCCUGGGAAUUGUCGCCCUUGGUGCACCCUGCUUUCGACGGCGCCGUAGCGCGGAGGCCUACACGUUACCAAAAAUUCGAGUUCAAGAUCCGGAGGACCUGGGGUUCAUCGAUCGGCGAGGACGCUCACCGUUGUGCCCAUCUACUGGCCUCCGUACCUUGGGCGCACGUAGGGGCGAAUAUGUGCACCGCAUCAGGGAACUGUCGCAGUGCCCCGCCCUGGACGCCCUGCCCAAAUAUUGGAUACCCAUACGAGGUACUCCACCGAGUUGCGGGGGAACUCGCGCGACCAGCUACGGACAGUGGUGGCUGGCGUUGUCCACGAUGUGGCUGCCGACUCGAUGAGAGGUCUGCAACGGCCGCCGGGAGGAACUCUGGAAAAGAAGGCAAGAAAUUCGGACCUCGAGGUAUUUUCGACUCCUGGGGGUCCGAAUUGGACGCGGUUUCGAUGCCGGUAUUUUUUUAAUUGGUUCCUAGCGCGGUUUUACGAGAGAAGCGGCCGACGAGGUCCACGUCGACGGGGCCUACCUCGACGAGGACGAUCAGGGCGGAGUCGAGCCUUUUCACCUUAAAUACGUCGACCGUCGACGUUUCGAGGGUUCGAGGAAGGCGCUUCUGGCGCAGGUCUUACGCCAGUGCACUUUUAAUUCCAACGAUCCCAUUUAUGACGCCCGAUUUUAGACUAAGCUUCUAGGAAGCUGCAUGACGCGAAUCACCUUCCUGGCGGAAGGCGCACGUGGUCGUCGUUGGUCGAUCAUUCUACGUCUUCGCGGAUGACUCUCUCUCUCUCUCUCUCUCUGUCUCCUCCUCCCCCCACCUCUCUCUCUCUCUCUUUCUCUCUUAUUUCAACGAUCGCUCCGCACGGAGGAAAUCAAAAUUUCUCACGAAACAACCAAAGUCACGUUUUCCGAUCUAGAACCGACUAGGGCGGGCGAAUCUCACCAUCUGCUAGCAGGAUUGGAAUACUGUUUUUUUGCCUUGACUCUGGAAUAUCUACAUUUUCAAGACUGGGUCGCUCUUGCUGGACAUUCCCGGAAAACCUUGAAAUUAUUGAUCAAUUAGUGCUGACGAGUAAAUCGAGUCGAUUUACGUAAAAGGAUUUAUCAUGUAACGUUUUUUUUUAAAUGUUACGUUGAGAAUUUGGAUUGUCCUCCGGUUUCGCUAGUAAAGAAAGAUGGUGGGCGUUCGGCUGUGCGUUAUCGUUUCUAGGACUCGCGUACAUACUCGGUGCAUCGCUUGUGCACAUUCUGAACCAGUAAAUCCGUGAUAUAGGUACAUAAUAUACAUACACUAUUAUAGAGAGCUGACCAUGCGUGUUGCUUAUUUAUUAUAAUUGAUACGGUAAUUUUUAGACUUUUACACCAUUAGGGCGUAGCCUUGUUAGACUGGGCGCGAUCGGACGUCUCGACGUAAAACGACGGACUGACGGAAAACAGUGCUGGGGAAAACGCCGUGAAAUGUGGGAAGUAAGCGUUUACUUCGUUCCAUCGUGACGAUAUUUCGAUCGCCCGCGCGUUGUGCCACCCCGAGGGCGACUAAUGUAAACGGUCGCUUCUCGCGAUGAUAUCCAAAAUCGCGUAUUUCGGAUGAAUUCCAGCACGACUGACGAAGUCUCGGACGAAUUCAGAUUCCCUUAGUUCUUCCCUCGGCGUCGUCCUCGACUGACUACGGUCCGUAGACAUCACUGAACUCUGCAGGGAGACGAAUUCGAGGUCCUCGAAAAUCCUUCCCCGCCGUCGGUGCACCUGCCGACAGCCCGAAAUAGGUUAAAAUCCAUUAUUUUCUACAAAGCUCAACUGUAACAUCACCGUUAAUUUCCCGUGAGAAUUUUUUUAUUUUACAAAAUUGCGCGAUCGAAUCGUUUGCCGCGGAAUCCCGUAUGAGAUACUUCGCUGUACAAAAAAUGUACCGAAACUACAUUUGAAUGGCUCCGAGGAGCACGUUAGGUUCGUUUGAGAGAACGAAUGUUCGCGAUCGGUGUUCGCGAAAUUCCGUACGUUGAUUUUCGCGAGCUGGGACAAUUAGUCUUGAGGCUAUCGGUUACUCCUUUUGCGUGACCGUGAAAGAAAUAUCUCGCUUGGAUUCCUCUUUCGAAUCACACGCAGUACUCGUUGGUUACGGAGUUAAGUGGAGAAGUACCUAUAAUUUGUAAGUACCUAUUGUUUUGUGUUGUUACGAAACAUUGUUGUUUUUAGUAGGUAAAAGAUUCAUGUGUAACCCCGAUGUCAGCACCAAGAUAACGAUACCUUCGCUAGGAGACGAACGGUGCAACGAUCAAUUUGCUCGCGAGGACGGGGUUUUCCUUAUUUUCAUGCUCGAGGCUUCUCCCAGAAUUUGCACGUAAAAUUUCACUCGCAACGAGACACCGAUUAGGUUCAUCGCGAUGUAAUUAGUUUGCGUAUGAAUUAGAUUCGACGUCUCGGCGACCGUUUUCGAGUUUUAUUAUACCGAGGUACCACACCCUAACGUAAUGGAGACUCGUGUGCCGUAUAUGUACAUGUUUCCGCUCUAUAAUGUAAUUAUGUAAUGCGCUGUACAGUAAGGGACGUUGUAAAAAUUGUAAAUACAUUAGCGGAGGCUCCUGUUAUAUAUGGGUCGGACGUUGGACGAGGAGCGGAGAAUAAAGAAAUGGGCGUAGCUGUAGGGUCAUCGAGUUAUCACUUGUAAAUACAGAAGGGAUUAAGUUGACCUAGUUGUGUACAUGUUAAUUACUGCGACUGGAUGAGAAGUGCGAGAGAGAGGAGGAUCCUUUUUAGGUUUAGAACUUUACGAUAUAGACUGUGCGCGUACCCCUUCGAUAACGUUUCUUGUACUUAGAGACACUCAAUUUAGACGAUUAACGGCAGAAUAAUACACGCAGUAUGGCUACGCAGGCAUGUACGAUACGUGAACCCCAGUAGUACCAAAUCCAACAGUAAUUUUAGUUCUGUCUGGUACAGAUUCCUUAUAUUUCAAUAAAAUCUUUACUUCAA